AGCUACUUUCUUAUAAUUUUAGUUUUUGCAUCAGUUAAGCAUUUGCUUUUGCUGGGUUCUUCUAUCCAGAGUCUUUCUGUUUAAAUAAACAUCAGUUUUUCUUAUAAAUGAUGAGAAUCAUUUGGCUGUUUUGUUUCUGGUUUUGGCAGACUUGUUUUGCACAUUGCAGUCUUCCAAAGAUUUGAAAGUGCUUUUGGUAACUCAUGCAUAACACGUUUUGUGGUGAUAUGCUGCCCUCCUCUCAACUCCAACCAAACUGCAUCUUUGUUAAAAGUUUGAUUAUGUGAUAAGAUUCACCGAUAUAUGCGCAUUUUAGGUUUAGUUUUCCUCAAAAAAUAAAACGAAGUGGUGGUUUUGAUGUGACUUUCGUAUUAUCUUCUGUUUAUAUGCACUUUUUUUCUUUUUUUUUAGCGUUGGAACAAGAUAUAAGUUUUUGAAAACGAGGCGCAUGCGCAAGGGGCGGCGGCACUUUAACUACCAGACUUCAAGGAAACCGAAAAGAUUAGAUAGUUUUAUAUUGCAGCAGGAGACUUCUGAGGAUUCAUCCUAAGCUGGUACCUGGACCUGCGGUCAGGUGAUGCCUGAAGGAUCUCGCAGCUCGUCCUCCCUCGACCGAAGGAGUGAAGACGGACUUCUUGUGCCUCUGCUGUUUAGGUUUUGGUCUAAACCCUCGGAGGACGGCGAAUCCUCCCGCCUGUCCUCCGCCUCCAUCAGCAGCGAUGAGCGCGCUCCUUCAGAUUCACCCUACAACUCAUCCGACCCGCCGCCAGGCCAGCGACCGCUGAGCCAAAUAACAUGCUCUUCCAGUGAUGACAACAUCGGGCCCCCUCAGCUUUCUGCCGCUUCCUCAAGCCCGGAACUGAACCAGAUUCGUAGCCCCGGCGAGGGCAAAGCCGACACAGAGGGACUGAGCCCCGAGCCUGGCGGGGAGGACAGGAAGAGUUUCGUUCACAACAACAACAACAACAAAGCGUGGAUAGCCAACCGCACCUCAAGUCGCAGGCAGUCCGCCUCGCCCUUCGUCAGAGCCACCAUGGCGCCCAACCCCAACCUCACCUACCUCGAUCGGGUCAUCAUGGAGAUCAUCGAGACGGAGAGGAUGUACGUCAGAGAUCUGCGCAUCAUGGUGGAGGAGUAUCUGGCCUGCAUCAUCGAUCAUCCUAAACAGUUGAUCCAUCCUGACCAGGUCUGUGCUCUCUUUGGGAACAUAGCAGACAUCUACGAGCUAAACAAUGAGCUGCUGCAUGACCUUGACAUGUGUGAAAACGACCCUGUUGCCAUUGCCAGGUGUUUCGUCGAAAAGAGUGAAUACUUUGACAUCUACACUCAGUACUGCACCAACUACCCAAACUCUGUCGCAGCACUAACUGAAUGUUUAAGGGAUAAGUCUACAGCCAAAUUUUUAAGAGACCGCCAGGCUUCAUUAAAACGCACUCUACCUCUGGGUUCAUACCUACUCAAACCAGUUCAAAGGAUCCUUAAAUACCACUUACUGCUUCAAGAGAUUGCAAAGCAUUUUGACCCUGAAGAAGAAGGCUACGAGGUGGUGGAGGAGGCCAUAUAUACCAUGACAGGGGUGGCCUGGUACAUCAACGACAUGAAGAGAAAGCAUGAGCACGCCGUUCGGCUGCAGGAAGUCCAGUCCUUGCUGCUGAACUGGACCGGUCCCGAUCUCGCCUCAUAUGGGGAACUGGUUCUGGAGGGAACCUUCAAGGUUCACCGGGCCAAAAACGAGAGAACCCUCUUCCUGUUCGACCGCAUGCUGCUCUUUACCAAACGCCGUGGAGAACACUACGUGUACAAGACGCACAUACCUUGCACAACUCUGAUGCUGAUUGAGAGCGCCAAAGAUUCUUUGAGCUUCAGUGUCACACAAUAUAAAAACCCCAAACAGCCUCACACCGUUCAGGCCAAGACAGUGGAGGAGAAGAAACUUUGGGCUCAUCACAUCAAACGCAUCAUUGUGGAAAACCACCAUGCUAUCAUUCCUCAAAAGGCAAAAGAAGCCAUUCUGGAGAUGGACUCCAUCUAUCCAUCCAAGUAUCGGUUCAGUCCUGAACGUCUGAAGAAAGCUGGUAACUCCGAUGAGUCUGCUCGUAAAGGCCGUUUCCCUACUGACGCGAACAAAAAAAUGCGGAAAAGCACAAAAGCAUCCAAAGAGCUCUCGGACAGUGAGGGCGACAGGCGCUCAUUGCAGCUCGCUGAAAGUAGCAGCACGCUGGACUCCAGCAGCCUGGGGGAGUCGGACUGCGACCAGGAGGAGGUGGGCGACGGGAAGGAGUCACAUGAGCUGAUGUGCAGCGACGAAGAAGACGAUGAAGAGGAGGAGGAGGGAGAGUUUCUCCUGAAGGAUGAGCAGGUAGAGGACUUUGCCAGCUCCGUGCUGGCUGCCAUCUCCUGCUGGCACUACACGGUCCAGGCCUUCCUUUCCUCUGCGGGGACGGAGUCAGAUAAAGACCAAAACUUAUCAACCAAAAGAAGUGGUCAACUUGCAGAGGAGGCAACAACUCAGCAGAGCCCUGCAGUUGCAUUGCCUCAGGAGAAGACACUUGAACAGGCAGUAAACUCUGAGGAAAAACUGCUCCCUGAUCUGGAUCCCCCCAGGAACUCUCAGUCGCCUCCAAAGCCUGAAGCUUUAAAAGAAGAACUCAGGCACACGGAGGAACCGACACCUGCAACACCCGAUUCCGACUCCAAGAUCCUAAGCAGUGGGGAGUCCUCUGAGGAUGAAGAGGAAGAAGCAGACGAGCACAUGUCCCCUAGUAUACUCCCAUCCUCCGUCCUGGAUAAGGCCAGCGCCAUUGCUCAGCAUUUCACUAGCAGCGUUAAACGAAGCAACCAGGGACAGGAUGACACCCGCUCCAUUGGCUGUCCCUCCCCCCGGUUACCCAGCAGGACCGGCAGCUGCCUCAGCCUCGCCGCCGAGUCCGCUGACCAGCCUCCACGGCUCAACAGCGUCUCCUCCGACACUGUGGAAACGUUCAGUGGAACAGAUUUGACUCUGAUGUCUCCUCGAGAAGACAAAGUCUUUGAUUUAGACCGAAGCAUCCGCAGGAGGAAGGACUCCACUCUGUCCAAACACGACCAGCUUCUCAUCGGGAAAAUCAAGAACUACUACGAAAGCGCUGGAGGCCAGGACUCCACUUUUAGCCUUCGUCGCAGAGAGAGCCUGACGUACAUCCCGUCUGGACUGGUCCGGAACUCCGUCACUCGCUUCAACAGUAUUCCAAAUGAAGAAGGAGUUCCAACUUCAACUUCAUCCAACUCUCUAGACGGUCUGUCAGCGGACUCAAACACUCCCUUCCCUGAAGAGCCUCUGAGCCAUCUGGUUUCCAGUCACUCUUUGGAUUCUUUAAGGUCUGAGCAGCUAAGCACAGAUUCUGGGGAACAUUUCAGGUCGAGGUCGCAUGAUAAUCUGUCUGAAGAAGAAGAGUUCAGACCUUCAUCUCAAAUGAUUAAAGUCUGGAAGGAGAUGGAACGACAGAUUUCCAAGUCGCACAGCGAAGACGGAGCCUGUAAUCAACCUUCAAAAGCCUCCAGAGAAAACAGCAUCCGCCGCUGUAACCCGACCAAAACCAGAAGCCCGUCUGACAGCGAAGUAGACUCCACAAGUCUUUCAUCCUCCAAACCGCUGGGUGUAAGCCGCUCGAGCAGUCUGAAGAACACCCUGAGACUUUUUGGAGAAGAGGCGGUGCACCUCAGGGCCACAGUCCCACGAGUCGCACAGCUGAGGGCGGAGGAAGAUUGGGCGAAACCCAGCGAGAACUUGGAGCAGAGCGAGGAAAUGGACAAAGCGCAGAGUAAAGUUCUCCAGCUGGCCCGGCGGUACAGUCAGAGAAUCAAAUCCAACAAACCUGAAGUCCGACAACUAAGUCAGAACAACCUGAUCGGCAAGACGAGCUUAGCCCGUGUGGUGGAGGAGGAGAGUUCAGACCAGGUUCCGCCUCCUGAUGUGGGAUCCACCAGCAGCUCCAGGGUCAUCUCACAGAGCCGGGUGUCCUCCCGCAGUCCCCUCAGCCCAUCUCCUUCCAUCGAGGGCUUCAGCUGGCCCGACGUCUGUGAACUCCGUUCCAAGUACUCCAACCACAGCAGCUCCUUAAAGGGUUCCGUAAGCCGGAGUGGCUCCGUUGGGGAGCAGGUGUUUGACAGAGGCAUGAGAAGGCACUCCAACAGCCUCCUCAGUGACGUCUUGGCCAGCGAGGACCCCAAACACCAGGCCGGUUGGGAAGCCGGUCAGGAUGAACGCGGCAAACGAGUCCACAGAGCCAAUUCUUUAGAUCCUCGACUCAGUAAGGACCAAAUGUCGGAGCUCCAGAGGCUCCAGGAGAAGGUUGCUAACCGUGACAACGAUGGUUACUACAUCGCCGCUGAGGCACUGCGACCAAGUGACCCCAACCACAAGAUUAUUGUCAUGGAGAAGCUUCCACAGCCAGAAGAAACCACACAUCCAAAGGAGGAAGACGAUGGCGGCUACGUUCAGAUCCGUUCACCAACCAGCAGAGAGAAGAUCUCCAUCAUGGCGGUAAUCGACCGCUGCCGGGCCUACCAAGACUCCGACGAGUAUAAACAGAGAGAGGACACCAAAGCCAAAACCGAGCCGACAAGAUCUCAAGAACCGGACAAGAUGCCGGCAGCAUCAACCAAACAGGAGGAAUCCCAGAAAACCAGGCAGGGUUCCGGUCAGAGCGGCCAGCAGAGCAUGGUGAAGAAUCUGAGAGAAAAGUUCCAGAACCGCAGCUGAGAGCCCAAAAAAACCCAACAUUUUUAUCCAAGAUUAACCGACAGAUAGUUUUACAGAACUGAUAGAGAGAAAGUCAGCCAUUUCAUGAGAGAUUUAUAUUUUUGGACUGAAAAAUGAUGUGUGGGCUAGCAAAAAUAACACAAAUCCUCACUCUCCCACUGAUAAAGGAGAGUUGAACUUUUAUUUUGUAGAUGGGUGAUGACAUUUAGUUUUAUAAGCAUAAAAAAACCUUGUAGAAACUUUACUUUCUUUGCAUUCCCCGAUUUGAAUCUUUCAACAAGAGUAAAUAUGGGAAACCGGAUCAAAAGCACCUUUUUUGUUUUCUACAAACAAAAACCACUACAGAAACUGCCUGCUUGAAUAUUUAUUUAGCUUUAACCUCUCAAGAUUGAACGCUUGAAGAUUCCGUUCCCUUUAAUCCCCUGAACUAUUUGUUUAAAACCACUUCUAGAUUCAAGAGAUUUUAUGAUUCUAUAUAUUUGUAGGUGAAGUAGAAGAAACCCAAUUGAGCUCACGUGAAAUGUUUUGAGUUGUUGAGCAAGUAAUGAACAUUAGGGGUUAGGGUGUGUCUUUGUUGAGGGUCUCAGUGGGAUUUCCUUCAGGUAUUCAGUAACGGUGUUUAACCUAUAAAUCUGCUUCUGCUUGGAGAGUCUCUAUCAGCAGGAAUUAAUUGACUUUUAAAGAUGAAACAUUGAAUCAACCAAAAAAAAAAAUGUAAUUAAAUUGUAAAAAACAAAAUAUUUUUGGGGCGGUUUUAUGCUCUAAACAGCAUUAUAAUGCUAUUUUACCCUCUGUUAAUACUUUUUGAUGUUGUGCCUUUUUAUAAUUCCAAGGUUUAUUUAAACUGGUGAUCAUUUAACCCCUAAUGUGUCGGGUUUUGCCCUCUGUGCUCGAAGGUUGGUGGUUUUAUCCCCCCUGAGCCAGGCAGGUUUGAUCACUUUGCUUUUUCUGCACAUCCUCAGACUGACUUUUGUGCCCUUCUUUAUAUUUAUUACAUCUUGUAAAUAGAAACAAGCGAGCGUCUCAGCACUGUAGAAUGAAUGUAUGCUGUACAUAUUUGAAUGUGUCUGAUCAUGUUGUCGACUACAGAAAUAAAAAGAAAUAAUAAAUGGA